CGCGUGGCCGGGGGUGUGUCCCCGCGUCUAGCUGGCUGGCUCGCGGGCGGACUGGCUGCGAGCGGCUCGGUGCGCUCCCUUCCCGGGCGGGGGAAUCCGGGCCGGGUUGUGGCCGCGGCCGCGUACGUGAGCGCAGUGUCCCGGAGAGGGAGGGCAGGCCGGCCAGGUGGGCGCGAAGGCGGCGGCGGCGGGAGGCGGCGCAGUGCAGGGGCCGCGCCGGUGGCGGGCAGGGCCGCGGCCGCUGCAGGGAGCCGAGCUGUCCGGGCCAGUGGCCGGCCGAGCAAAGCAGAGUAUCCAGCAUGCUGUCCCGACGCCUUGGUAAGCGCUCCCUCUUGGGAGCCCGGGUACUGGGACCUAGUGCCUCUGAGGUGCCACUAGGGACCAGCUUGCCUUUGGAGCCACAGAUACAAGUGCCUGAAGGAGCCACGCCCCAGCCCUUACACACCUCUAAGGACCCUGUGUGCCAGGAGCAGCCCAAGGAAGUCCUCAAGGCUCUGGGUACCUCAGGCCACCCACAGGUGGCCUUUCAGCCUGGGCAGAAGGUCUGUGUGUGGUAUGGGGGUCAGGAGUGCAAGGGCCUGGUGGAGCAGCACAGCUGGGCUGAGGACAAGGUGACAGUCCGGCUGCUGGACCAGAAGUUACAAAUUUGCUGUAAAGUAGAAGAGGUGUGCCUGGCGGAGCUGCAGGGGACCACACCCCAGGUGCCGGCCUACAGACCCGUGUCUAGGAACAUCGAUGUUCCCAAGAGGAAGUCGGAUGCAGUGGAGAUGGAUGAGAUGAUGGCCGCCAUGGUGCUGACGUCUCUGUCCUGCAGUCCUGUCGUGCAGAGUCCUCCUGGGACUGAGCCCAUCUUCUCUGUUUCCCGUGCAGCUUGUGGUGACCCGUGGAAGGAGAGUGGUGACGUGUCAGACAGCGGCAGUAGCACUACCAGUGGGCACUGGAGUGGGGGCAGUGGCAUCUCCACCCCUUCGCCGCCCCACCCCCAGGCCAGCCCCAAGUACCUGGGAGACGCCUUCGGGUCCCCCCAAACUGAUCAUGGCUUUGAGACUGAUUCUGACCCGUUCCUGUUGGAUGAACCAGCCCCACGCAAGAGGAAGAACUCUGUGAAGGUGAUGUACAAGUGCCUGUGGCCCAGCUGUGGCAAAGUUCUGCGUUCAGUCGUGGGCAUCAAGCGACAUGUCAAAGCCCUCCACCUGGGGGACACCGUGGACCCUGAUCAGUUCAAGAGGGAGGAAGACUUUUACUACACAGAGAUGCAGAUCAAGGAAGAGUCUGCUCUGGCUGUGGCUGCCCCCCCUGCCCCUGGGGCGCCCAACAGCGAGCCGGCCCCCGCCUCCCGUGUGAGCAGCCCGUCCCUUGCUGCUCUUGCAUUGCCUCCUCCCAAAGCCCAGUCCUCGGGCCCAGAGCACCCCGGCCUGGAGUCUCCCCUGCCUUCAGUUGCACUCAGCAAGUCAGCUCCUGGCUCCUUCUGGCACAUUCAGGCUGACCACGCAUACCAGGCUCUUCCAUCCUUCCAGAUCCCCGUCUCUCCCCACAUCUACACCAGCAUCAGCUGGGCUGCUGCCCCUACCACCACCUCCCCCCUCUCUCCGGUCCGGAGUCGGUCACUCAGCUUCAGUGAGCCCCAGCAGCCGCCAUCCACAGUGAAGUCUCACCUGAUUGUCACCUCCCCACCCCGGGCUCAGAGCAGCUCCAGGAAAGCCCGUGGAGAAGCCAAGAAGUGCCGCAAGGUGUACGGCAUAGAGCACCGGGACCAGUGGUGCACAGCCUGCCGGUGGAAGAAGGCCUGCCAGCGCUUCCUGGACUGAGCCCGCCUCGCCCGGCCCCGCCCCUCGCCCGGCCCCGCCCCUCGCCCUGCCCGGCAGCCAGGGGGCCUCCAAGCCUGCAGCCAUCAGCAGAACACAGAGAGAUGUGGAGUGCAUGUGGGCAGCCGGGGCUCCAUUGGCUAAGAUUUAACACUUAGAAAACACUUUCUCCCCCUUGUGGGAGUGUUUUAUUUUUUAAAAAAAGAAAAUAUUUUUCCCCCUAAAAUAGGAGAGAGCCAAAAUUGACCAAGGGUAUUCUGCAGCGAACCAGAGACCAAAGAAUUACCCCCUCCCGCCCUCUUGGGAACUAGUUUGUAUGCAUCAAAAGUAGGCCAGGAUGCCUUGCCCAGUUUUUGUGCUGAACGGGUGCAUCCAUUACUCCUUUAGCUAUUCCAGAAUGGACUGUGAGUAAAAUGAAUUUCCCUUUCUUAGGAAACAAGACCUUUCUGGCAGGUGGAUGACCCAGGGGGCAGUAGCAGGACUCUGGGAAGGGCAGGGGUCUGUACCUGGUGAGAUGCAGUGUCACUUCUGUUGGAGCAGCUUCUGGGGCUGGAAGAGAGACACCUUCUUACCUUGGCAACCUUUGGAUCUGGGUCCCCUCAGAUGUUGGGUUGCAUGCCAGUAAACUUUAUGUGGCUUCUUCUCAAAGCCUGUCCCCAAAAAUCCCGAGCCAAAAGGCUAAUAUGAAUUUAGUUUAAGAACAUGUCCUUGAAACACUACCCUGAGCAUCCUUCCAGCUCUGAGAGGAAGUGUGGAGGGUCUGCACAGAAACUUUGCUCCCACCUCCCUGAGGUCUCUUCCCUCCGGAGUGUCACAAGCUCUAGAAUGUCUGUUCUUCUUGUCUGAUGUGGAACUCUUUGAUGAGGAAGACUUCUUUCCCUCGGGGGUCUCUGGUACAUCCUAGCAGACUUGGCCUCUGUGCCUGCUAAACAUGACUUCCAGGACCCAGCUGUCUUACUGAAGUCCCAGGUAUCAUAGGCUCAGGGAGUGCCACCAGGCCACCUCUCCAGGGCCUGAGCAGCAUUGACUCAUUAGUUGUCACAGAGACCAUCCUCUUGACCACUGGAGGCAUUACAUGGGAAACGCAUGUCUACUUUUUAUUCUGAGACACACUAAGUUCUGUUCGAAAACCCGAGAACCUAAGAGAUUGUGUGUGUGAGGUGAAGGUUAUAGUGGUAGCCCGGCUGCUGAUGGAGGGGAGAGACACUAGUUUCUUUGGUAGAGGGAUAUUUUUAUAACAAACCAGGCCAGACAGAGGCGACCCUGGGCUCUCCUGCCCCUUCAACCUCAUAGAUAAUUAAGAGCCAGCAGCAGAAGUUUCUCUUCUUUCCUUACUUCCCAUGAUGCUCAGCUUCCAGUCUUACUGGCGAGAGGAGGGGGGAUAUAGAGACACAGAGAGAAAGAGUUUCUGGACAUGUAGAGACCUCACCAGGAAGCUCUCCUCUCCCCUUCAUAAUCCAGUGUGAACUAAGCCUCCACUUCAGCAGAGACCUUGUAAUCCCAGCCUUGGUUUGGAGCUUGCAGAUGUAACUGACUAUAAUGAUUUUCUCCAUUUGAAGCAGGCUUCCUAUGCCAUUGGCGUGCCAGGCAGAAAAGUAAGAGGGGGAAGAAAAGGAGUUGACGGGAUGGUUUGAAAACUGAGGAGUUUCAAUUUAGUUCAGUUCUUUAUUCCAUUUCUGUGCAGCCUCCCCAUUUGUUCCCUCUCUUUUCUGGCGGUGACGACCUCCCAACCGCUGUUGUGCACCCCGCCCCCUUCAUCUUGAUGCUUUUGUGUUGGUUCCUGGGUUUGAAGGGCAAGGGUGACUUGUGAGCACACCCAGCCAUCAGGCCCACCUCUGUCAUCUCUGUAUCUCCCUGCUUCCCAGCCCCGUGGGUUUGGAGUCUGACUGGGUGAAGGUACCACAGGUAUGCUUUUGAAACCAACAGGACCUAGCUUGCAGUUACCUUGGGAAACUGUCUAGCCGUGUUUCCGUCAUUCAGAGCGCUCUCAGAGUUACCUUCAGACUUGGUACCUCGUUGGGAGCACCCUCAAGCGAGCGUGCACCAUAUCAAUACUGUGGUGUGAGUUCAGAGGUACUGUCUGUGGCUAGCCAACGUCUCAGGUACAAAGCCAAAGGGCUCUCUGGUAACAUAGGCUUGGAUCAAUGAUAAGGCUUUUAACCUGGCCCUGAACAGUGCUUCGAGCAAUGGCUGCCUUGUCACAGUGAGUGUAUAGCUCGACGCCUUAGGACCCUGUGAAAUUAGAGAUGGAAACUGAUUUUGUGGAAAAAAUCUGUUGUGUUACUUUCUGGUCACCCCAGGUCUGACUUUACCAGGGGCAAAAAAGAAAAAAAAAGAGAAAAAAGAAAAAGAAAAAAUUUAAAAAGGUUAAAGCAAAACAAGAAGGGAGAAGAAUCCCAUCCGUGAAUUUGUCUCAUUGGCGCUUCUCCCCCUCCCCCACCCCAGCCCCGCUGUCUUCCAAGUAUUAUUUUUACUGUUAAGAUUUUUUUUAAAUGUGAAAUGAAAUGUAAUGUUUUUACAGCAAUGAUAUGAAAUAUAUUUUAUAAGGAAUAAAAUGGUACAUUGUCUGA